CAGUUGGUUGUUGACGUCUGCUGCUCCCUGCAUAGAUAUGACAGCCCUGACUAGAAGUGAAACAAGAAAAUAUGUUAAAGUUGGUGAUUUUGACGCUCUUGUUCGUGGUGUUCGUUAAUGGGUAUCCUGAGCAGGGAAUAUGGCAUCUUACUGCAGGCCCGGGCAAUGAGUAUGUUGGUGUGAAGAAGAGCUUGUUCAAAGGGAGCCGGAUCAACAUAAAAGUUAUGUGUAACCCUACGGACCCCAUUAAGCCUCUGGACAUAAGCAUCUCCUGGAUGUUGAGGAAAACACCUUGUUGGAAUGAUUAUGUUUCCAAUCAGAAUGAAGAAAACAAACUUUUCAAGUAUUUCUAUGAUCAUCCUGAAAAAUUGCCUGGUUCCCCGAAUGGCACCAUGUAUGAUCCUGGCUAUGUGAAGACCAAUCCAGUGGAGUAUAAAUGUGACAACAAUAUACUCUUGGAUGAAGUCAACCUUGAUGAGAUGAUGUUAGCUAACAAAGAAGCUGCCAAAAUUAAUUCACUAGUCACCAGGGACGUGAAAGAACCAAGUGAUGAAGAAGCAGGCACUACAGAAGCAGUGGAAGGUCCUCGAAUGUUAUCGGGAGCUAACAUUAGUCCCGAUGGUUCAGCCCGUACAAGGCAUCCUGUGACAGUUGUGACCAAUGAUGGAGUUUAUCUUCUUGUUGUCCAUACAACAGCUGUGACAUAUCCAGAAAGAAAUAUUUCUUAUGUUGCUAAUAUUGACAUUGAAAUGCAAAGCAGUUAUGGAUAUCUCUCAGCAGUUGAUUGGCCUCUUCUUGGAUUCUACGUGGCCAUGUGUGUAGUGUAUUUCCUGUAUGGGGUUGCAUGGCUCAUCAUGUCUGCCAUACGGUGGAGAGAGUUACUCAGGGUCCAGUACUGGAUUGGUGCAGUUAUCUUUUUGGGGAUGUUGGAGAAAGCAGUUUUCACAGCAGAGUAUAGCAGUAUCAACAAACGGGGUUACAGUGUGUCUGGACUGAUCAUCUUUGCAGAGCUAGUGUCUUGUGCCAAACGGACACUAGCACGAAUGUUGGUUAUUAUUGUCUCUCUUGGAUUUGGUAUUGUCAAGCCACGUCUAGGCAUUGUUCUUCACCGUGUGGUUGGCGUAGGUCUCCUGUACUUCGUGUUGGGCAGUAUUGAGGGCUGUACCCGGGCCCUUCAGUCUAAAUUUAAUCGUCAAAAGCAGGUUCUGCUUGCCUCCUUACCUCUGUCCCUGCUGGAGGCUGCCAUCUGUCUCUGGAUCUUCACUGCCCUUGUACAGACAACCCGCACACUCCGCCUCAGGCAUAACUUGGUGAAGCUCUUCUUAUACAGACACUUCACCAACACUCUUGUAUUUGCUGUAGUAGCUUCUGUUAUCUUCAUGCUUUGGUCCAUCAGGUAUCACCAGCUUGAGUCAUGUCUUUCUGACUGGAAGGAAAUUUGGGUAGAAGAUGCAUACUGGCACGUCCUCUUUGCAAUUGUUCUUCUGGUCAUCAUGGUUCUCUGGCGACCUUCAAACAAUAAUCAACGGUUUGCUUUCACACCAUUGUUGGAUGAUGGUUCUGAUGCUGAUGAUGAGGAAGAGACUGAAAAUUUGAUGUCAGAAAUUUCAGACACAACAAAACUGAGGAAUGUACGCGGUUCUACAUCAUCUUCACCACGAGAAUCACGAUCAGUGGAAGAUGACUUGAAGUGGGUGGAGGAAAACAUCCCAUCAUCUCUUGCAGACACUGCACUUCCCAUCCUGGACUCUGAUGAGGAAAUUGUCACUACAAAGUUUGAAGUGUCCAAGAUGCAGUAAUGAUGGGAAACAUCUUUGCAUAUAAGUCCAUUCCACAAACCCAUUGCUCGUGUCGUUAAGGAUUUUUUUUUCUAGAGAUAAAAUAUUUUAUGUGGAAUAACCAAAGUUAAUUUGUUUUAUUUUGACAUAAUCAAGUUUGACAUUUUUGAUCUUGAUUGAUUGUGUGGUUGAAUGGUUUGUGUGUGGCUUGGUCUUGGACCUGUUAAGGUUCAGCAGUGUGAGACUUCCUCCUUACAGAAUACUCUACUGGUCCAGAGUAGUCAUUUUCCCAUGUACUCUACUGUAAUACAUGUUUUCAAGGUAUGUAAGAUUUUUUCUCCUUUUUUGUAGUGAGAGAAAAUGUGUCAUUAUGAGAUAAUUCUUGAGUUGCAAAAAUUAGUGUUAUGUAUUUCAUGCAUCUCAUCUAAACCCUUUAGGGCUAUUGCCUUAAAAAUUUGGUUGAUGGCCCAGGUGAUGGAUUUUCAGGAUACAGGUAUAAACAAUAAUCAGAAAUUUAUUCUUAGGUAAGAAUAUAUUUACUUUAAUAUCUUUGUUAUUUAUAGUUGCCCACUUUAUUGAGCCUAAUCUAUUAGCAGUUACCCAUUGAUACAUUUUAGAAAAUUUUACAGAUGUGAGAGAAACCAUAUGUGUGGAGGAGUAACUAUGGUGAUCUUUGGCUUAACUCUGAUGAUGAAUAAUUACUCUCUUAUGCUACUGUUUUAAUACUAAGAUGUGCACCUCAGGCAAAUUCAUAUGUGUGGUGGGCUGGCUAGGGAUCCAUAUAAUCUCACUUAAUUGUUCAAUUGUGGUCAGACAAUAUAAUAAAGUAACAGCUGUGGGAAUCAUUCAAAAGGGUUAAAAGUUGAAUCAUUUUUCGUUACAGAGUAUAUUGUUCUCAUGGUGUAUGUAAAAUGGAGGUCAUUUUUGUGAAUGUAUUGCCCCCCCCCAAAAAAAAAAAAAAAUUACAUAUUUAUACAAUCCAUCCACCUGUUCUGCUGGGGUGUGAACUGGUUGUGAAGUUCUUGAUAGGUACAGUGCAGCCUUAUGAUUUACAGUAUUAAGAGGCAUGUCAUAAUUACAGUAAUAUCUCUCUCUCUCUCUCUCUCUCUCUCAAAUGCAGCCACUCCUUGUGUGGUGUUUCUGCAUUAUUUAAUGCUUACACUGUUGAAUAUGGAAACAAAAGGUAGAUAUGUUUUGUAAGGAAGGAUUUUGUAAUGUACAGUGUGUUUGGUUAAAAUAUCAACAUAGUUUUGUUUGAUAUGUCGUUAGUACACUAUUUUCCAUAUGUAUAUUACUUUACCAGAUUGUACAACUUCAGUUGGCAUUAGAACUUUCACAAUAUGUUUAUUAUUGAGAUUUUAAUUUUAUUAUAUACAAAAAAGAAAGGUUUGCUCAUAUUAACAGUGCCAGCGUUAAUAUAGAGAUCUCUAUCACUAACACCGUACAAGGUAAGUAAUAUACACAAAAUUCAGCACGUGUGUAUCAACUGUUGUUUGUUAAUCUACAGACUAGGGUUCCAUUCAUACAUUUAAUAAAAUAAAAUUUUUGUUUUGAUGUAAUUGGCAUUUGACUUUCUGUAUAACAUGCAAUGUAAAAAAAAAAUUACCUAUUUAUUUAUACAUCUUAGCCUUCCUCCUACUCAUUGUGAGGCAUUGUAUGUUAGUGUCACAUUAUCUAAGAUGAACUUAAAAAGAAAUAGUUCUUGUCAUUUUGGUGAUAUCUUUGUAUGUGAGAAGAGAAAUAAUAUGCUUGUGAAAUAGAAGAAAUUGAAGAACAUUAAAUAAACCAUUAUUUUAGCUCUAGCUUUUGAAUUGUAGAGUUCUACCAACUGAAGUAUUAAUGAAAUUCUGGCCAAGCUUUAAUUGUGAUUGAGAUGUUUUCUGAUGAGCUCUGUGGGAUAUUUAUAUCACUUUCUGUGCCGGGUAUUUAUUACUUUUUGUUGGGGGUCAUAGUUAAAUUUUAUAUUUAUAUCAGUAAUGAUACUCAGCUAGAAUGUUACCUUGCUGAAGUAAAUUAGGAUCUUACUGAUACUAGAAUAACGGUCAAGUUUAUAAAUGUGCUACAUGAGCAGAUUGAGACCUGACCCACUUGUACAUGGGUUUGGUCUCAAGGGGAUAAGAGGUCGAUUCUCAAAAAAUUUUAGUCCCACACAGCAUGGUGCUUAAUGAGUUUUUUUCCUUAAGUAAUUUAUAAUUUGGUAUGUAUCGUACUUUCAUUGUAAAUAUUGUCAAGUUCACAAAUGAUUUUAUUGUAAUUUUAUAUCACUAAAAUGAAAUUCUGCCCUUCAUUUGCUGUAUUAAAAUCGUUAAAUCCUUUCAUUGGGUAAAAUGUCUGCACUCAUCAAAAUAGUUCAGCAAUUAGUUAAACCUUCCUCUGUACAAAUGAAUCUUGGUAAAAUGAGUGUUUAUUGAAGCCUCGUCAUGGUGUUUGGUCCAUCAGUCACACUUGUUACUCACUUUCAAUCUUAGAUGAUCAGACUCCUUAUCGUAUAAAUUUUGGGGAUGUAUUCUAAUGACAGAGCUUCUUCAAAAUGUAUAAAAAUUUAUUCAUAAUUCAGAAAAAAUCACUUUAAUUUAGAAUAAAUCUGGAAAAAAAUAAUAUUUCAUUGAAUCAAUAAAAAAUCUGAAUAAAAGUGGAGUUCUCUAAAUGCUGUACAUGUUUAGGUAAUACUUAAAUAUAAGUUAUAUAAUUCUUGUGUUAGUAAUGUCUGCAUAAUAAAAUUACCUAAAACACCUGUGCUAGGAGUAAAUAAAGUUUAAUUAUCAUUUACAAAAUUAUCUUUUCUUGAGAAAUAAAAUAUUUGGUGGGCUGGAAGAUGGGGGAUGUGAUGUUGGUUUGCAUACUGUAGAAGGCAGAUGACAUGAGCCUGCUAAACUAACCCUGACUUAAUGAUUUUGAAUUAUUUUGGGUAAGCUCAGGUUAGGUUAUUUUGAUAUGUUUAUUUUGGUUGGUUGAUUUUACAUGCAAUUAGAAGUAAAUAUGUAUCUAACAACUUUGCAUCCAUUAUCCAUGAGUCCAUUUGAUGUAUUCUUUGCAAGUUUUAUCAAGGAUCAAAAUUACUCCAAAGAAUAAAGAAAAAUCAUUAUCAUAAUCAUUGUUUUACGGCCAUUUUUCAUGUUUGCACAGGUUAGUCAUGAUUACCUGGUGGCACUGUUUUCCAGUUGCCAUGAAGCAUUAUAUGUAAGACUUUCAAAUGUCCUUUUAGCUGGCGAGGCAGGGUUGAUAUUCCAUUAAUUAGAAGACAAAAUUACAUUAAUUUUUAAGCAGGCGUUACAAUACUUAACAAGCACCAAGUCGGAUGAGUUGUUGGUUUGAUAAGUUUGUGCUGUAACCGAUUUUAAUUUACAUCUAAUAUGCUUACAGUAUAUGAAGUUAUUUAACAAUGAGGUCAGGUUGGUCCAUUACAGCUAGGGUAUUGCAGAAGUGAAAUGGAUACAAUGGCACAUAAUUGUGCAAAGAAACAAAGAUAUUUUUGUAACUAAAGAAACAAAGAAAUACAAUCAAUCAAAAAAUUUAGAGUAAACAAAAGAAUAGAAAAGGAAGGUGUUGAGUGUAAUAAAGUUUAUUAUAAACUUCAAUAAAGUAAAGUGUGGUUGGAACUUGGAAGUUAUGUAUGAGGCCACAGCUUAUGCCUUUCACUCAACCCUCGGUGUACUUGAUCUUGGCAGACAAAUUAAAUAGUUUGAUAUUUAUUUUGGCUGUCAGAUUUCUAGAAGUGUCAGUAGUUGAAAAUAAAUCAAUAUACUGUACAGUAAUAUACUAGUAACAGCCUUUCACUAGUUUAAAUUGAUAUCCAUAUAUGAAAUUAUUGUUGGUCUUCCUUAUAAAAAGAUUAACUGGAGGAGCAAAACAAUAUGCCAAAUUGUGUACUCGGCAUAAAAUACUGUACAGAGCUGUUUUAUUUUCUUGUUUAAGUAUAUCUUAUGAAGCAUUAUACCUGUACCUGUACAUUUUUUUCUACCCACUGUAUGUAUGUAAAGUUAAUGGAAGCAAUAUUUUCCUCCAGGCCUUUUCCUGCUUAAUACAGGUUGGUCAGAAACAAGAGUAAAUGCACAAGCACACUUUAUCCUUCAUUCACUGACUUAUAUUCAUUCUUACUCCUGUAAAAGAUGUGGUCUGCCAUGGUACACCUUCUACAAAGUCCUAAGUUUAGUUAAUGGCCAUAAAUAUGUAAUAUGCAGUGUUUAUUGUUAGAUUCACUUACACAGUUUAUGCUACUUAAUACUGCAAAACCAUUUAAAGUGGAGUGAUGUUCAUUGGGGCUUUCUUUUCGGUAAUGUGAAGUGGGUUCAUUCAAUUAUAUCUUCUGACUAUUCCCCUUGGCUUUAUUAAUAUUUAUUGGUACAGUAUAUGAUUGUAAAUUAUCACCAGCUCAAAUAAUAUUGGUAAAUCAUCCUGCAGUAAAUCAUGCACCAGAAUAUAUAGAACUGCAUUAGUGAUGUCUUUAGAAUAAUCUUGCAUACAAAAGUGUGAGCAAUAUCCAGGUUUUGGGUGACAAAAUGACCUUUUUUUUUAAGUCCAUGGGGAUAAACUCUUUCCCAAUACUGUCUAAUGCCUAUGAACAAACUGAGAUUAUUUAUUUAUAAGUUGAAUGUGAUAAUUAUUACAUUGUGUGAUAUUUCUUAGUAUGUAACUAUUAUCUGAUUACUACAUGUGAUCCACCAUUUACCUUUCAUGGAAGCCCAUUUGUUUUAGUAAUACGAUAUGCUUCAUGUUGACUCCAUGGUAAAGCAUUGGUUUGUAGAAAAUAUUUAAGAGAAAUGCUUAGGAGUGUUGAGUAUUAUCAAUUAGCCUGUAUAUUUAUUUAAUUUUUUGUAAACCUUUGAUUCACUAUAACUAGCAAAGUGCUAAAAAAAGAUUAUUAAUUUGUGUGUAAUGGUCAGGUAACUUUCAAUAUGACAAUUGCUAUUUUCUCUAGUCUUCAAUUCAAAGCAUAUUACUCUUAACCAUAUGCAAUGUAAAUUAUAUUUCAUUUUUUUUAUUUGGGUAACUCCUGUACAGUACAGUACAGUACAGUAUAGUAUUUACUUUAAAUGAAGAUGAUAGCCAUGUCACUCUUGUUUUAAUCCUUCAAACUAUUUCCUGUAACAAAGUAAGGUAGCUGGUAUCAAGAGCAGUACAAACACACAUAUUUCCCACUCAUUAAUUCUCACUGAUGUAACGGUGAAAUAUACUAUGGUAUCCCUCUUCCACAACAAGGCCCUAAAUCUAGUUUACAUCUCUUGCUUUUGGUUAUGCUCUAAAAUAUAGGAGAACAUGUUUAAGACAGUAGGUUCAUGUUGAUAUAAUGUACAGAAUCUAAAAUAUACACUUGAAAAUUUACUGUACUGUACUUGUAUUUCUUCAGUGUCUUAUACUUAUGUUUGAAUUGCCUUUGAUUUUUUUUCUUGAGAUGUGUAUUUUCACUGACUGACAUGGGUUGGUAUACUGUACAGUACAGGUAUUUUGCUUUAAUUAAGGAUCACUUUUGUAGGUCUUGAAUGCAGAUACUGUAGUACUUUAUUUAGAAUGAAAUAAUCUUGUGAAGCCUUGUCUUAUGUUCACUGAGAAAAAUGUUGAUUGUAAAACUUUGUACUGUACUAUGUAAAGUUAGUGCCUGAGGAUAGCUUGAUGAAUACUUAAGUUACAUUGAUAGAUAUUAUUUACCAUCUAUGAAAUGUAUAGCAGUAUGGUUGAAGCUGUUGAGUAAAAUAAUCUCGGAUUGU